AUGCCUCCAGCAAUCAAUUCCUCUGGUAACAGAGUUCACAAACGAAGAAGACCUCUCAAUAGUGGCGGGACCGCAACCACUAAGCCUCAGGGACGCGAUAAUGCAGGGGAGGUUGACCCCCCACGCAUUAUGCCGCCGACGCCGUUUGAAAGAGUUUCGAAAAGAAAACACCCAAAUUCCACAUCGCCAAUCAAAAAGAAUACAUCUGUUGGUGGAAAUGGGGAUGUGAGCAAAACCACAAACAACCUGAAGCUCAACCAUCGUCAUGAAGGGUUGAAUUCAUCACAUGGACUGAAGGCAAACUCACUGUUGAAUGCCACACACGUUACACAGCCGGUAAAACGACGGUCAACGCCGAGACUGCAAUUAUCAACCGAGGAAAUCGUUGAAAGGGAAUUGAAAAAACGACCUUUGAGAAUAAAAACGGUGCUUCGGACUAAUCUCACUAACAAUUAUCUCAUCAAAACGUUCCCUGAUUUACCAUUGUCGAAGGUGGUGGACUACAUCAAACGGCACCACCCUAAUUGUGAGUUUACCCCUGGUGAGAAAGAAUUACUCGAAAAAUUCUUUGAGCGGGACGAAUUGAAUGGUCCUAUGGGAGAAGAAGUUUUUGGCCACUUCCCUAUACGAAGCAAGAAAUACAUCUGUAACAUGUACGGGAGGCUCCAAUAUUGCAAUAUGGAACGGUUCUUACAUUCUCGCUUACAAAUUGUGUCGCUGGCACUGAAAGUGCCUAGAAAAUCGCAACCCAUAAGAGAACCUUUCACCGACGCCUAUGAUCCCAAAAAUAUCAUGAGUGAUACGAGAGUCCCCCUUCACGGCCGCCAGUUUUACUUGCCGGAACUCUAUACCAACCAAAAUCUUCCCGCCAAUCCCAGAUACCCAGAACCAGAUAGCGGUUUCGAUUCAAGGUGUCCCGUUGGAACCGAUGUCCCCAACAUUGACGAUCUGGCUGUGAAGACCUGCAAAAACUCCCCAAAGUGGUUCACCUUACUAUCGGAAAAUUUUUCGCGUUCUUUCGGUGAAAGCAGUAUGAAAUAUUCCCCAGUGAUUAUGUUGCGAUUUUAUUUUUUCCCUGGUCAUUGUGCAAGUUAUACAAUUUGCAACCCGCGUGGCGGAUAUUUUGACCCAAUCAUUCGGAUUGGAAAAUUUUGGCAAGUCUGUUACUCAUUAUAUUUCUCUUACCUGGCUCGUCUUCAAAGUAUAAUUUUCCAGCUUCAAGAAGACUUAAUUGCCGCAUGGAACAAUGACGACGCUUCUGAAAUCCUUUUUCUUGUUGAUAAGUGGAACCUUCUCAUGUUGUUCCUCAGUCCUAACCGACAAGCUGUGGAAAAUAUCGUGAAUAAUAACGAGAUCGAUAUAAACCAAACGUGGCGCAUGCAGCUUUCAGAAAAUGGGGUCAAGCUAAAAUCAGUAACACUCCAGGAUUUAGCCUUAGGCAUCUGGGUUGACGAAAUCAUGGAAAAAUCAAUUCCUCAUACAUUAUUUCCGAAGAGUGAACAGGUUCGAUCUCCGCAGUUUCUGCUUCCACCUAAUUUUUAUGUUCGCUCGAGACAACGUAUUCGGGAACAAAAAACAUUACUGAGACUCGCUGUGCACUUGAUACUUGAUAACGCAUACGCUCGAAUUGUAUCUCCUGAAAAUUCUACCCUUCGGAAAUACACAACUGGCACCCCUGAAGUGUUUGGCGAGCUAUUAUUCCCAUUCGUCUCCGAAAUUUUUACUAUUCUUCAAAUAAAACCCGACCAAUUGUUUUACGACCUAGGAAUGGCUCUUGGUUUGAUUUGCCAUCAAUUGUGGCUUGAAUUCGGAGUAAAGUCGGGUGGGUGUGAAAUAAGAAAAGAUCUUCUGCCUAUAACUAUGGCUUUAGAUAGGUGGUUGACCAACCACCUUUUGAUGCUUGGUAUCCAGCCACAGCAAAUAAACUUUGAACUUGGGAAGCUGUUUGUGGGCAAUCAAAAAGUGGAGAAUGAACUUAAGCACUGCAGUGUGGUUCUUGUACCCAACAAAUUGUUUGACCUGAAAACUAACGAUGGUGUGAAGGACUUGUUGAAUUGUUUGCGAGACGGGUCCAAAGUCAUCUCCUUAUGCGAUAUAUACAGAGAUGAAGAUUUGAAAGAAUUGACAUUCAACAGAAUCACCGUGCGAAAAGAACUAAGCCAACCGGUACUGGUAUCGUGGUCUGGCCUGCGACAAGAUUAUUACAUUAUGACGGUUCAUCGAGAAAAUUGA